AUGCACAAAUUGGGUAGAGGCCACCGGGAAAAGCUCCAGCAGUUCAUAACAAUUACUGGAGCGAGUGAAAAAGUUGCUCUGCAGGCUUUGAAGUCGAGUGAUUGGCAUCUUGAAGGAGCAUUUGAUGUAUUCUACAGUCAGCCCCAGUUGCAAACAAAUACUGAUUCUAGACAUUUGGAGGAAUUAUACAAUAGAUAUAAAGAUCCAUGUGCUGACAUGAUACUCGCUGAUGGUAUCAGCAUCCUUUGCAACGAUCUUCAGGUGGAUCCUCAAGAUAUAGUCAUGUUAGUUGUCUCCUGGCACAUGAAGGCAGCCACCAUGUGUGAAUUUUCCAAGCAGGAGUUCAUAGAUGGAUUAGAAACACUGGGGAUAGAUUCUCUGGAGAAAUUCCGUGAAAAGAUACCAUUUAUGCGAUCUGAGCUGAAAGAUGAACAAAAGUUUCGCGAGAUAUAUAAUUUUGCUUUUGGCUGGGCCAAAGAAAAGGGUCAGAAAUCUUUGGCAUUGGAUACUGCAAUUGGAAUGUGGCAAUUACUGUUUGCUGAAAAGCAGUGGCCAUUUGUCGAUCAUUGGUGUCAGUUCUUACAGGCUCGGCAUAACAAGGCAAUUUCAAGGGACACAUGGUCUCAACUAUUAGAGUUUGCAAGGGCUGUGGAUUCAUCACUCACAAAUUAUGACGCCGAAGGUGCCUGGCCCUAUCUUAUUGACGAAUUUGUCGAGUACUUGAAGGAGAAUGGUGUAAUCCAAAAAAGCUAG